UUUCACACGCACCCUCCAGAGGAAGAUGAAGAGCAAGUCCCCAAGUUUCUCUGCAUAAAAUAACCAGGAACUCGAUCACAAGUCACAAUCCGAGACAAUGCACUUCCACCGAACCCAUCCUCUGACCAGGCCCGACCGUCCUCACGUCAUCGCCGCCAUGGCGUCUACAAAGACGGCAUUUCCCACCCCUCCCCGCUCGCUUGACCUCACCCACCUCCAGCUCCCUUCCGGUCUCGGCGUCAGAGAUGGCGAGGGAACGGCGUCUGUUGCUUGGAGUGGCUGUUGCUUUAUCGGCAUGUUGGUUCGGUUUGCUCGCUUCGGCACAGCUCAUUCACCCGGCUGAAUUAAAUGCGCUGAAAGCAAUCCGGAAGUCUCUUGGCGAUCCAUUCAAAAAUCUCCGCGACUGGAAUAAGAACGAUCCCUGCACUUCCAACUGGACUGGGGUCAUCUGCUCGCAGCAAAAUGAUGGCUACCAGCACGUUCAAGAACUGCGGCUGCUAAAUAAGAAUCUGACAGGGACAUUAGCUCCGGAGCUUGGUGUACUCACCUAUGUGAUUUACUUGGAUUUUAUGUGGAACAACAUAAGUGGCAGCAUACCAAAGGAGAUCGGCAACAUGACUUCUUUGCACCUCCUGCUUCUAAGUGGAAACAAUAUAUCAGGUCCUCUACCAGAUGAGCUUGGAUUCCUCCCCAAUAUAACAAAAUUUCAGCUGGACCGUAACCAAGUAUCAGGACCACUGCCCAGAUCAUUUGCAAAUUUGCUAAAAGUUCAGCACUUUCACAUGAACAACAAUUCUAUCAGUGGUCAGAUUCCUCCUGAGCUCUCUAAACUACCGAUGCUUAAACACUUCCUUUUGGAUAACAACAACUUGUCCGGUUAUCUCCCACAAGAGCUCGCUAUGAUGCCAAAUCUGACGAUUCUCCAACUGGACAACAACAACUUUGAGGGGAAUGGUAUCCCAAGUAAUUAUUCAAACAUGCCUAAACUCGUGAAAUUGAGUUUGAGAAACUGCAAUUUGACAGGCGUUAUCCCUGAUUUCAGCACCAUCCCAAGUCUUCUUUACUUGGAUCUUAGCUCAAAUAACCUAACUGGAAGCAUACCCACGAAUAAGCUUUCUCCAAAUAUCACUACUAUUGAUCUCUCCAAUAAUCAGCUUAAUGGGACUAUUCCCUCAAACUUUUCUAGUUUUGUCAAGCUUCAAAAACUAUCUCUUCACAACAAUUACUUGUCCGGUGAUGUUCCAACCAAUAUAUGGCAGAAUAUCAAUUUCAAUGCAACAUCAACACUUAAAUUGGAGUUCCAAAACAAUGCACUUAGUAAUGUUGUGGGCAGUCUCAAUCCUCCUCCAAAUGUCACAAUUUGGCUUCAAGGGAAUCCAGUUUGCAGAAGACAAAACGAACUUAAUAUUGUCAACUACUGUGCAUCUGAAGGCAGCAGCGCUGAUGCUCCUGCCAAUUCUACGUACUCGAACAGCAGCAGCUGCCCAUAUCAACAUUGCCCUGAGUUGUACGAACAUCUGCCUGACUCCCCAGAUCCAUGCUACUGUGCUGCACCGCUUGGUGUUGGAGUGCGUUUACGCAGUCCUAGUAUAUUUGAUUUCCGCCCGUAUGCUGACCAGUUCAUAUCUUACGUGACCUCCGGUCUUGACUUGCAACCGUAUCAGCUCGUUGUUGACUCCUUCAUAUGGCGGAAAGGUCCCAGGCUCGAAAUGUUUCUAAAGUUUUAUCCUGUGAUUGGCAACUAUUCUGGUAUAUUCAAUGCAAGCGAGGUCCUACGGCUUAUGGACGAUAUCGCAAGAUUUACAAUUCCUGGGAAUGAUGUUUUCGGGCCCUAUGAUCUGCUAAAUUUUACUCUUGGACUUUAUCAGUCUGAUGUUAGUCUGCCGACAAGCUCGGGCAUGAGCAAGGGUGUUCUCGCUGCAAUUGUGCUUGGAUCCAUCUCUGCUGCAGGUGUCAUAUGCCUGGCCAUUGCGUUUCUGUUCUACAUAAGGCACCCUAGGAACCGGGAUCAAGGUUCAAGGACAAAGUCAGCUUCGAAAGUUCCCAUGAAAGUUGAAGGACUCAAAGCAAUUUCCUUUGCUGAUCUUGAGAAGGCAACUGGUAACUUCGAUAUGACUGCUCAGAUAGGACGAGGAGGCUACGGAAAAGUUUAUAAAGGUGUCCUAGGGGAUAGCACAGUGGUGGCAAUCAAACGUGCAGAGCAAAGAUCGCUGCAGGGCCAACAAGAGUUCUUUACUGAAAUAGAAUUCUUGUCACGGCUACACCAUCGCAACCUUGUUUCCUUAGUUGGGUACUGCGAUGAAGAAAAUGAGCAGAUGUUGGUAUAUGAAUUCAUGCCAAAUGGUUCCCUUCACAGUGCCUUAUCAGGUCCAUAUAGAAGCCCGUUGAGUUUUGCAGUCAGAUUGAGCAUUGCCUUGGGUUCAGCUAAGGGCAUUCUCUACCUUCAUACAGAAGCUGACCCUCCCAUCAUACACCGCGAUAUCAAAGCCAAUAAUAUAUUAUUAGACAGCAGACUCAAUGCAAAAGUCGCAGACUUUGGAAUCUCGAGACUUGCACCAUCACCAAAUACUGAUGGUUUUGUAACCGCUCACAUAUCCACAAACGUAAAGGGAACACCUGGCUACCUUGACCCAGAGUACUUCUUGACACACAAGUUAACCGAAAAGAGUGAUGUUUACAGCCUUGGGAUUGUAUUUUUGGAGCUGUUGACAAGGAUGCCGCCCAUAUCUCAUGGCAGAAACAUUGUCAGGGAGGUGCUACAAGCUUGUCAAUCUGGAUCGAUGUUCUCUAUCAUAGAUCGAAGCAUGGGCCCGUAUCCUUCUGAAUGUAUCAAGAAGUUUAUGGCAUUGGCCCUCAAGUGUUGCGAUGAUCAGACCAAGGCGCGACCAACAAUGUUGGAGGUGGUACGAGAAUUGGAGAAUAUAUCUUUCAUGCUACCGGAAACUGACGCUAUCACCACGGAAUCAGAACCUUCCAGUUCAGGAAUCGAGGAUUCUGCUCCUCAGCCUCUUUACCCCAGGAGAAGUCCAUAUACAUCCCUCGACUUGGUGGGAAGUGACCUUGUAAGUGGGGUGAUACCCACAAUCACGCCACGUUAAUGCACCGCUUCGCUUCAAUUAGGAUCAGUCGCAUCAUGUAAUGUCUUUCGGGGCUCCCAAGAGAGUUUUUCGAUGCAUGAAGAAACUCAGUGAAUCGACCGUGUAACGUGUGGCGUCUUUCCUUUCGGGUUCUGUGGUUAGGCCUCAAGUUGGAUCCAAGAACUUCGACAUGUCAGACAUUUCUCAAAAUUUCUAACAACUCAUGGAUGGUACAAAUCCAAGAGCCAGACUCUACGAUAUCUUUUCGCUUGCGAAUGCUCUGAGAUCGUACCCAGAAGAUGGUUCAGGCAUAAGCAUAUAUGCAAGGAGCUGUCGCAUACAUCAUGAACUUUUCAUAGAUUGGCUAUGUUCGUGAGAAAUUUGCUCAGCUUAAUCUUGAAUGCUUGUUGGUUGUCA